AACUCGAGCCUUGGUACCAACAACGCGCAGGCUUGAACAUUCGUAUCUGUCUCUUGAAAAUUCACGCGUAGCUUGACGGCGGAGGCUUCAAUCAUGUCUUCGGGAAAACGACCAGCUUCCGGGUCCUUUGGGUCCUCACAAAUGGUUGUGAAAAGGCAGAAUAUAGGGAAUGACAGCACGGCUUUAUCUACCACAAAUGGCUCAACAGGCAAUGGCGCACUCAUACAGGCAGUACGUACAUAUCGAAUUUUAUGGAAUGAUUCAAUACGCACGAAGCGUCUGGCUAACUUUUGUGAAAUAGGUACCUCGGACGAGUGGUUUACAAGCCCCAGUAAUGCAAUUGGAAGGACAUUCAGGAGAGGUAUUUGCUGCCAAAUUCGAUCCGAAUGGAAACUACAUCGCUUCAGGAUCAAUGGAUAGAUCAAUUAGUUAGCAGCCUGUCUUACUUAUUUGUCACAUUCAUGCUGAUUCUUUGCAGACUUAUGGAGAACAUAUGGAGAUUGCGAGAACUACGGAACUUUAACGGGGCAUAAAGGCGCAAUAUUAGAUUUACAAUGGUCGCGCGACUCGAGGGCGUUAUUUUCUGCAUCCGCGGAUAUGCACCUAGCUAGUUGGGAUCUAGAGACCGGUACAAGGAUACGAAGACACGUCGGACACGAAGAAGUUAUCAAUUGCAUGGAUAUCAGCAAGAGAGGAGAGGAGCUUCUCAUAAGUGGAUCUGAUGAUGGAUAUAUAGGUAUUUGGGACCCAAGGACCAAAGCCGCUGUCGACUUCAUCCCUACCGAGUUUCCUGUUACAGCUGUGGCAUUAGCAGAAGCUGGAAAUGAGUUAUAUUCUGGUGGAAUUGACAAUGAUAUAAAGGUGUGGGAUAUGAGGAGAAAGGCCGUGGUAUAUUCUAUGCUUGGUCAUCAAGAUACUAUUACAUCGCUUCGAGUUUCACCGGAUUCUCAAACACUCUUAUCAAAUUCCAUGGACUCGACGGUCCGAACAUGGGAUAUCAGACCAUUUGCGCCCACUGAACGGCAUAUUCGGACAUUUGAUGGUGCUCCGGCAGGAAUGGAGAAGAAUUUAAUUCGGGCAAGUUGGGAUCCGACAGGGAAGAGGAUUGCUGCAGGAGCUGGAGAUGGCACUGCUGUUGUUUGGAACAACGAGAGCGGUAAAAUCCUAUACAAAUUGCCAGGGCAUAAGGGAACGGUUAACUGUGCCGAAUUGUCACCUGGCAAAGAUCCUAUAAGUAAGAUUUCCCUCUCUUUGUACAGUUUUGUUUGCCUGCUAACAGACUUUUAGUCCUUACGGCUUCUUCGGAUCGUACUUUACUCUUAGGAGAAUUGAAGUGAGAUAACACACAGAACGAGGAGGUCAAAGUCAAUAAAAUGAUACCCAUACAAAACAAUCUUACCGAAAAAUCGGAGUUCAUGGACCUGGAAAUAGGAAGCUUACGAAAAACUUCUGCAAAUUGUUCGUGUGGCGUUGAGGGAUCGGAAAUGUGCACAGGACAAGCCUUGCCGAUGUUUUAAAUCAACGGCAAUUGUGUAAUCGAUACGAGAAAGUUGGAAGACCUGAACGUACGAGCACAGGUAAAAACAAAAAUGUAUGAAGGAUUUCAUAUAUUUACCACCGUCGACCAAUCCGGAUCGACAUAUUUGGUUCAAGCCACGCAAUUAUCACUGAUGAAAAUAGCCAUAUUAUGAAAUCUCAUGGAGCUAGGUGGCUGAAUCUUGUCUGCAAAAAUAGGAGUGCAGAUGAAUGUAAAAAAAUUGUGACAAACUAAACA